GGCAAAGUAAAAAAAAAGUUGCAUUAGCCAGAUAUUUAAAAAAAUAGUAUCAUUCGUGUAAUUUUUUUAAAAUAGUAGUAAAACAGUUGCAUCGUUAAAAAAAGGUUCAACAGAGUCAUGAAUCUAAGGCCUGCAACAAAUUUAAAAACUAAAAUUCGUCAAUAAAAAAAAGUUUCCUUGCAGAGUGUUCAAAAGGAUAACUUUCAAAGAGGCGCCAAGAAUGAAAGGUCAGUGACAUUUCCGCCUUUCUUGCUCAUGCGCUGAAGUCUUAAAUUUUGUAACCUCGAACAUGUGUCAAAACAGUCGCUCUAACACGGUCAAAAAGUGUGUAUUUUUUACAACUUCAUUUUAAUUUAUUGUAAAUAAACAAAAUUAAAAUUUGUGAUGAAUUCUUUAAUCUUUUACGGAAAAAAAUAAUCUACGAUACUACAGACUACAAUUUAGGUACCUUCCACGUCCCGAAUAAUUUAAAUUGAUAUGUGAGACUUGAGGGGGCUGAGACACGAGAUAAUGUCCGGAUUUUCCGAUCAAGCCUUCUGGUGACCCUACUUAAAAUCUGUUCAAAUGUUACGAUUUUAACAGAUAUGGACAGAAAAGAGAAAUUAGAAGAGGAACUUAGGGUAUCAGCUUGCCUGGGGGAUUUGAAUAGAGUAGAGGAACUUAUAACCCUGGGUGUUGAUAUUAAUUCACGUCACCCAAGGAACGGACGAACUGCCUUAAUUUUUGCUUGCCAAAUGAAUCGUCAGGAUGUUGUUACGCUUCUUCUGCAAAACGGAGCUGACCAGAAUAUAAUCUCCGACCAUGGAGAAUCUCCCAAAACUGUUUCUACAAAUCCUCAAAUCCUACAGCAGCUAAUGACUUCAUCAGGAGGCCUUACGAAAAUAUCAAAUCACAAAGCUUACAAUGCUUUACAUCAAGGACCUUUCCUUGAUUACAAUGUAGAUCAAAUUCACUCGAAAGUAACGAGUGCUUCUGAGGGAUCUGCAAAUUAUUCACCAGACCAACUGGUGUUAAAAGUACGCCUCGCAAACGCGCCUGAUCCCGAUUUCAUUGAAAUCGAUCUACCAAAAGCUGCAUUAACAUACCAAGUACUUUUGCAAGUUUGUUGCCAAGAACUGGAACUUGACGAAUCUCGAGUAAUCAAAUUAAGAAAACUUCCCAACACGAAAAUUCGAAGAGACAAGGAUGUCGAAAGACUCGAAAAUUUUCAGGAAAUCGAAAUAGUAACCGAAUCUCCAAGUGACGUUCACUCUCAAAGCUCAAACGGCGCAGCAUUGCCUCUGACAGCAACCAAUAAUUACCUAAGUAUAUCGAAAAAGGAUCAGACAAUCUUAUACUAAGGUUGUGAAAAAACGAAUUUUUCUUUCGAACCGU